AUGGGUUCAAGACAUCAGAACCAAAACAGACCACCAACAUCAAAUACUCAUCUCACUCGUAGUCCUUCAAAUAAGAAAGAUCAGUUUGAUAUUCCUGUAGAUAAGCGAAGAAAAGUAGCUGCUGGUGCGACGACGUCGAAGAUGGUAGGACAGAAUCAGAGUCGUCCAAGAUCAGCGUUAGGUGUUGUGAAUAAUACUACUGCUUUAGAUCUAUCGAUGACUAGUGAAACGGCUAGAAAUGGUGGUGGUUCUGAAUGUGGAUCUAUUGAAUUUACUAAAGAUGAAGUCGAGGCUUUGCUGAAUGAGAAGAUGAAGGGGAAAAGCAAGUUCGAUUAUAAGGGGAAAUGCGAACAGAUGACUGAUUAUAUUAAGAAGUUGAGACAAUGUAUAAUAUGGUUUAAAGAACUAGAAAAAGGUUAUGUGAUUGAGCGUGAGAUGAAUCAGAAUGCGUUAGAUUCCUCAGAGAAGAAAUGUGCAGAAACAGAGAGGCAAAUGAGAAUGAAGGUAGAUGAAAUGGAAUCAUCGAUUGCUGCUCUGGAAAAGAGUGUUGCUACUCUAGAAGCGGAACUUGCUAGGGUUACAACUGAGAAGAAUGCUGCUGUAGAUUCUCACAACACUGAAAAAGAAGCUAGAUUGGCUAUAGAGAGGUUGCAUACUACUCUGACUGGAGAACUAGAGAAAGCUCAGGAAGACCUAAGCAACGCCACCCAAAGGAUAGAGUCCCUGACUGCUACGUACAGAAAUUCACAGGAGUACAAUACUAGCUUGCAGCAAUACAACAGUAGACUUCAGGUGGAUUGUGAGACAUUCAAGACCAACCUUGCACAUGCAGAGCAGGAGAGGGCUGUCAUUGUCGAGAGGCUCAGCACCUUUAGGGGUCGAAUCAAUGUUCUGCAGGAUGAAUUGGGUUCCCUUAGAACUUCUAAAGAUGAGGCCGUGAAGCAGAGGGAAUCCUUGGCUGUUGAAGUUGGGAGUCUACGAGAAGAACUUCAAAAAGUUAGAGAAGAUCGUGACCGUCAGCUGUCACAAGUUAAAAGUUUAUCGGAUGAAGUGGUCAAGUACAAAGAAUAUACUGGAAAAUCAUCUGCACAGUUGGACAACUUGUCCGUAAAAUCAAAAUCCCUCGAGGAGACUUGUACUUCUCAAGGUGAGCAAAUUAAGAUAUUGCAGCAUCAGCUAGCUGCAGCCAAUGAAAAGUUGCAGGUAUCUGAUUUGAACAAUAUGAAGACAACGUCUGAGUUUGAAGCACAGAAAAAGCUUGUGGACGACCUACAAGAACGGCUAGCUGAUGCAGAUAUUCAAAUUAUCGAGGCAGAGAAGCUACGGAAAAAGCUUCACAAUACAAUAUUGGAGCUUAAAGGAAACAUUCGCGUGUUUUGUAGAGUACGACCUUUGUUACCUGAUGACGGUGCUGGUACAGAAACAACGGUGAUUUCCUUCCCCACAUCAACGGAAGCUAAAGGUCGCGGCAUAGAUUUGUUACAAAGUGGUCAAAAGCAUCCAUUUACCUUUGACAAAGUAUUCAGCCAUGACUCUUCCCAACAGGAUGUUUUUAUAGAGAUUUCUCAGUUGGUUCAGAGUGCGCUUGAUGGGUAUAAGGUUUGUAUUUUCGCAUAUGGCCAGACUGGAUCUGGGAAAACUUAUACCAUGAUGGGCAGGCCAGAAGCACCAGAACAGAAAGGAUUGAUACCUCGUUCACUGGAGCAGAUAUUUCAAUGUAGCCAGUCACUUAAGGCUCAGGGAUGGAAAUAUAAGAUGCAGGCGUCGAUGCUUGAAAUAUACAAUGAAACAAUUCGUGAUUUGUUAGCACCAAAUCGUACAGUAUGCCCCGAGAGCUCCGCUACAGGGAAACAGUACACGAUAAAACAUGACGCAAAUGGGAAUACACAUGUUUCUGACCUUACUAUUGUCGAUGUUUCUAGCUUUAAAGAGGUUUCCUCCCUUCUGCAUCAAGCUGCACAAAGCAGAUCUGUAAGCAAGACACUGAUGAAUGAACAAUCCUCUAGAAGUCAUUUUGUCUUUACCUUACGAAUAUCUGGAGUUAACGAAAGCACCGAGCAACAAGUGCAAGGCAUAUUAAAUCUCAUAGAUUUAGCCGGUAGUGAAAGGCUCUCCAAGAGUGGUUCAACUGGGGACCGUUUAAGAGAAACCCAGGCCAUCAAUAAAAGUUUAUCCUCUUUGAGUGAUGUCAUUUUUGCCCUUGCAAAGAAGGAGGAUCAUGUGCCUUUCAGAAAUUCUAAGUUAACGUACCUUCUCCAGCCUUGUCUUGGGGGAGAUUCAAAGACGUUGAUGUUCGUGAACAUCUCUCCAGACCCAACAUCAGUACCUGAGUCACUCUGCUCACUAAGGUUUGCAGCCAGAGUGAAUGCGUGUGAGAUUGGCAUUCCCAGAAGGCAGACUAAUAUGCGCACUGGCUCAGAGUCUUCUAGGUUGAGUUAUGGCUAAUUCAAGACCACAAUGCUGAUAGAUCUUGUGCUAUUAUUUACUAAUUCCUCACAAACUUGUGAGGGGUGUAACCUGUUGAUUUUAAUGUAUUAAUCCAGGAAAACAAACAAUGAUUGCAUCAGAUGAGGUUGAUAUUGAAUGAUAUGUAACUUUUUUGUUAUUUAUGGAGUGGUUAGUUUGUAAUUUUAGUAGAGAUUCCCAACUGUACUUGAUUUUAUUGCCUGGCAGUGUCUCUCUACUUACUGCUCAGGACUUCGGCCUGAGACUUGUACCCAAAAUUUAUCAUUUUGGUGGUAACAUAACGUAGCAAAUUUUUAUCUGUAA